AUGCGCGCCAUUAUUAAUGUUUUCGAUGAAUCACUAUGUGAUGUUAUUUUUUGGCUUGACUCAAGUAGUGGUUUACUCUGUAUGGAUUGUACAGGUUUUAUGGAAUGGGCGGUUGGAAAUGGUGCUUACCAUUCUGGAAUCGAUAUCAGGGAUUGUUCAAAUGAAGGUGGGAAGGGAUUGUUUGCAACGACAGAUUUUCGAGAGAAUGAAACAAUAAUUAGCAUACCAGUUGGACUUAUCAUUACUGCUGGAUUUAUUGCAGAAAUGCCUGAUUAUUGUGAUGUGUUCAAAAGAUACUGUUUAAAACCAUUCGAAGCAUUAGUGUAUUUCUUCUUGGUAGAGAAAGAGCAGAACUCAAAGUGGACUCCCUAUCUGGAAGUGCUUCCGAAGUCAUUCUCAACACCGGCUAGCCUACACCCGAGUUUGAAACCAGAAGAUUUUCCAUACUGCUUAAGGAAGCAAUGGUAUGUGCAGAAGAACGAAUUAAAGAUAAUGUAUGAAAAGUUUGUGACGAUAUUAGCAGAUAAUACGAUCUGGGAUCAUUUUUUAUGGGCUUGGCAUAUUGUAAAUACUAGGUGCAUAUAUCGUAAUAACAAACUUCACCCACUGAUUGACAACACUGAAGAUGAUUCACUUGCAAUUGUACCCCUUAUCGACAUGUUGAAUCACAGCAACGAUAGUCAGUGCUGCGCGAUUUGGGAUAGCAAAUUCAAUCUGUAUAAAGUGAUUGUUACUCGACCCAUCCGUAAAGGAGAACAGAUAUUCAUCUGUUAUGGUAGUCAUACAAAUGGAUCACUGUGGAUUGAAUAUGGUUUUUAUCUGAAAGAUAAUAUCUGCGACAAAGUUGAAAUCUCGCUUGAAGACUUCAUGCGAUUUGCGAGUGCUGCUGGAAUCAGUUUUUCAGACUUACAUAGAAAAAUAAUUUUCCAAGCAAAUUUCCCAUGUUCUAUAUAUGCCAGUGAUACGAAGCCAAAUUUUGGAUUCAAGGCAAACUUAGCACUGCUGAAAAUGAGUUGCUCGAAACUAAAGCACUGGGCGAAUGUCAUCUAUGAGGAAACGGAGACUAUAACAGAGGAUGAAGUUUUACUGAUUAUGCGAUUACUGUGCGAUGAAAUGAUCAAAGAUAGCAAGGAAUCAUCUCAAGAAACACGGUGGUUAUGGAAUCAGCAGAUUGCACUUCUCCAUACCUUACUCAAUACUGAUUAG